CCCAGGGGCUGGCCGGCCAUCCUCCUCACAGUCGGGAGCCGUACCCUUGCGCCCAGCCGCAAGCCAGGGAGCGCCCGCUUCUUGCCUCCGCCCGCGAUCUCCCGGGGGUGGCGACGGCGUUUAAGAAGGGCGCCCCGAGAGCGCCGCCUGGCACUGCACGAGUCGUCCUCUCCUCUCCAGCAGCAGCCGCUCUGCUCUCGGCCCCGCGUGCUCUCCCGCCACUGCUACUGCCGCUGCCGCCAUGUCGGGCGCCGCUGCCAGGCCUCUUUCGGGGCAGGUGUGCCUGGUGACAGGCGCCUCCCGGGGCAUCGGGAAGGGCAUCGCGUUGCAGCUGGGGGAGGCGGGCGCCACCGUCUACAUCACGGGCCGGCACCGAGAGACGCUGGAGCAAGCGGCGGCCGAGGUGCAAGGCCGGGGCGGAGAGUGCUUGGCGGCGGUGUGCGACUCCACCCGCGAGGAAGAGGUGGCGGCGCUGUUCGAGCGCCUCCGGAAGGAGCAGGGCGGCCGCCUGGACCUCCUGGUCAACAACGCCUUCUCUGGCGUGAGCUCCAUCAGCAAGGAGACGGGCUCGGCCUUUUGGGAGAGCCCCGCCAGCUUGUGGGACGACAUCAACAACGCAGGCCUGAGGGGCCACUACUUCUUCUCCGUCUACGCCGCCCGCCUCAUGGUGCCUGCCGGGCGGGGGCUCAUUGUCAUCGUCUCCUCGCCUGGCGGGCUGCGGUACAUGUUCGAUGUGCCCUAUGGCGUGGGCAAGGCCGCCUGCGACCGCCUGGCUGCCGACUGUGCCGUCGAGCUGCGUCCCUUCGGCGUGGCCUGCGUGGCUCUGUGGCCUGGCCUGGUCCGUACCGAAAGCCUGCAGAAGCAGGCGGAACUCCACUCGGGGGCUUUGUUCAGGAAGCUGAAGGAGAAGUUGACCACUAUGGCAGAGAGCAUUGAAGUGAGUGGGAAGUGUGUGGUUGGCCUGGCCACAGACCCCCACAUCUUGCACCACAGUGGCAAGGUCCUGUUGAGCCCAGAGCUUGCCCAGCGCUACCAGUUCAAGGAUGUCGAUGGAAAGGAUGUCUUCAACUACACAUCACUCCGCAAUAUCCUCAUUGAACUGAUGCCCAAAUGGUCUGGCUUGUUUCGCCUCAUUCCACGAUUCAUUACCAUCCCUAAAUGGAUUCUUACCUUGUACUCUAGCAAGUUCCAUGUGUAUGCACCCAUUCAGCCAGUUCCCCUUAAAUCAACAAAAAAAGAUUGAUUAUAUUGAUUAUAUAUCAACAAAAAAGGUUGAUUGUAUUUCUACGUACUUCUUUUAAGUAUGUAAGAUUUCAUUCAGACUUUGAAACUUUCCUAUCUGGUGAACUGCUUACUUUUGGUUUUUACUCAAUUGCAGUUGAAAACAUUUCCUGAUUUGAAAAUGCAGAAUGAAAAAAUAUGCUUACUUAAAAGCCCUAUCAUAUCAAAUAAACUGACUUCUGAGUAAACAUGUAAAGACUUAGUUCAUGAAAAUAGUUUGUCAUGAUUCCAUAUCCUGUUGUUAACUGUAGCCUUGAGGCAGUAGAAUAUCAUUAAUGCAUUUUAGCUGAUAUUCAUUAAGCUAUGAAAUAUAUUUGAAUGAGCAGCC